UGGCCAAAUCAAUGUAUAUUUAAAUGCAGACAUUGCUUGAUGCUAAAGUUGAUAUUGUUCCGCGCAAAAUUUUGUUCGUCUAAACAAUUCACCGUUUCAAACAAAUAAAACGAAUCCUGUGGAUUUAAAAGGUUCGCUGAAGCAUUAUUUAAUAAAGAAAGCAACGAUGGUUAAAACGAGCAAAAAGGAAUCGCGCAGGGAUAAAUCCGAAAGUUCUGGAUCUGAAUCGUCUGAAAAGGAAGAUUAUAUCGUUGAAAAGAUUCUGAAUCGACGCGUUAAAAAUGGAAGGGUGGAGUAUUUCUUGAAGUGGAAAGGUUUCUCACACAACGAUAACACCUGGGAACCGGAGGACAAUCUCACCUGUCCUGAAUUGAUCAAGGCGUUCGAAGAAAACCGACAAAAUGAUUUAAGGGAAAAGGAGAAAGACGGCGACAAAAAGAAAAAAGACGGCGAUGAGCCUAGUUCAUCCCAAAAGAAGAAAACCGCCACCAAACGAAAGAACGAUAGCGACGAUGAAUCUGUCCAAUCCGAAAAGAGCUCAAAAACGGCCAAAAACAGCAAAAAGGCCAGCAGCAAGAAAAAAGAUGACAGUGACGAGGACGACGAUGACGACAAGAAGAGCAGCGGCAACGGAUUCCAAUUGGGCUACUCGCCGGAGAAAAUUCUGGGUGCAUCAGAUUCUACCGGUCAGCUGAUGUUUUUGAUUCAGUGGAAAAAUGUGGACAAGGCUGAAUUGGUACCGGCAAAGGAAGCGAACGUAAAGUGUCCGCAAUUGGUAAUCGCAUUCUAUGAGGAAAGACUUACGUGGCAUUCGGACGAUGAAAAAUAAAUGUCGAUUUUCGGUCGAUUUAAUUUUCGUUUUAAAUUUUAUAAAAAAGAAAAAUUUGUUUGAUUUUGAUUUAAAAAAAAAUUUCCUUCCACACGAA